AUGGCUGAGCGACCAACUUCCGCCUCAUCGAGGCGAACAAAGCCAAGCAGUGACGACGCUAUCGGGCACUUCGUUAUUGAUAAGGAGAUAGGGAAGGGGAGCUUUGCUCAGGUUUACUCUGGCCGCCACAAGGUCACCGGUGCCUUGGUCGCCAUAAAAUCUGUUGAGCUUGGCCGUCUAAACAAGAAACUCAAGGAAAAUCUCUAUGGCGAGAUCAAGAUUCUCAAGAAGCUCCGUCACCCCCAUAUUGUUGCCCUUCAUGACUGCGUCGAGUCGGCUACACAUAUCAACCUUAUCAUGGAGUAUUGCGAGCUUGGGGACUUGUCGUUGUUCAUCCGCAAGCGGGACAAGUUGAUCACUAAUUCGGCCACGCAUGAGCUCGCGCGCAAGUACCCCGUGGCGCCCAAUUCGGGCUUGCACGAAGUCGUUACCCGCCACUUUCUGAAGCAGCUUGCCAGUGCCCUCAAGUUCUUGCGAGAGGGUAACUUUGUCCACCGGGAUGUCAAGCCCCAAAACCUGCUGCUGCUCCCUUCACCGCAGUGGAGGGAGGCCAACAAGACGGUGAAGCAGAUUCUAAGUGCCAGUCACGAUUCCCUCACGCCGGCCGCUGGACUGCCCUCGCUUCCCAUGCUCAAGCUGGCCGAUUUCGGGUUUGCUCGUGUCUUGCCUUCCACGUCGCUGGCUGAGACCCUCUGUGGAUCGCCGCUGUACAUGGCUCCCGAAAUCUUGCGCUAUGAGCGGUACGGCUCAAAAGCGGACCUGUGGUCGGUUGGCACCGUGCUGUACGAGAUGGCGACAGGAAAGCCGCCAUUCCGGGCCGGAAACCAUGUGGAGCUAGUCCGGAAAAUCGAGGCUGCGGAUGAUGUUAUCAAAUUCCCCCGUGACUCCAUUGUCAGUUCCGAGUUGAAGGGCCUGAUUCGAGCUCUGCUUAAGCGGAAUCCGGUGGAACGUAUGAGCUUCGCCGAUUUCUUCGACCAUCCCGUCAUUACUGGGCCCAUUCCGGACCUCGUUGAGGAUGAUAUUUUAGACCAGGAAAGGCAAUUCGCGAAAGAGGCAAGGGCCGCUGCAAAGCCGGACGAGGCCCCGACGCUAUCGCGUAAACAGUCUGUCCGGCGAAAUCCUGCGGAGCAGGAGGUCGUUCUUCCGUCGCCAAAGCCGCGCCGGUCGUCACCACUCGCAACUCCUAUUGAGCCCAAGCCAAAUCCUUUAGAGCAGAUAUCCAACCCCCGUGAGCAUCUGAGCUACUCCCCGCGACAGGAUUCCGGCGAAGCGUUCGGCAUACGCCGUCCACAGGUCCAGCCGUCUACUUCGGCCCCGACUCGGCCUAUCUCGUAUGUGGACAGGAGUCGGCGGUAUUCAAAUGCCUCGUUGAGGGCAGCCCUCCGUGAAGCCCAAGCCUCAUCUGAAUUCAGCCGUGACGAUCCAUCAAAUCACGCCAAGUCGAAGAGUAGACCCCUUACCGAAGAAGAAAAGGCUGCCCAAGACGUGGCGUUUGAGCGCGAUUACAUAUUUGUCGACAAGACUGCUGUCGAGGUCAAUGCGCUUGCAGACCAAAUAUCCCUGUAUCCGCAGCAAUCGCAGUCUCCAAAGUCUGGCCAGAUCGUUAGGCGCGCCACACAGCAAGGGAACCCGACGUCGAUAACCGGGGCUGUGCCCAGCCACUCGUCCAGAAACCACCACGGCCGAGGAGACCACUAUCGGCAAGCUUCAUACGACAAACCCCUGUCCAGCAGCCCCAGCUCGACGACCUCAGCUAUCUCAAAGGCCAUCCAAGACGCUAGCAUCAGGUUAUUCGGCUUCAAAUAUACGCCCCACCUGCUCGGCCGAGGGCAAUCACCGCCGCAGAUCUACAGUCCGUUCCCGGCUUACCCGACACCUUCCGUACCGGCUGGCUUGAUCUCGGAUGGGAAACAAGGCACUCCAGUGGAUGAGGAUUCCCGAGUGGCCCAAUGCAUUGAGGACUACGCAACGCGAAGUGACGUUGUGUACGGUUUCGCCGAGGUCAAGUAUAAGCAACUCGUCCCACUAGCUCCUUCUAUGGAACAUGGUCUUGGGGGUGUCCCCGCCGACAAGAUGGCAGAGGACGAUGAGGGGCUCACGGCGGAGGCGGUGGUCGCGCUCUCUGAAGAAGCCCUGGUGCUCUACGUCAAGGCCCUGUCACUCCUCGCAAAGUCAAUGGACAUUGCUAGCCUAUGGUGGUCACGCAAGAGCCGGGCCGAUUCUAGCAACAGCAUCCACCCGGCCGCUCGGGACGCUGUCAACAGCCAGGCAUUGGCCUUGAAGAUCAAUGCCGCCGUCCAGUGGAUCCGGUCCCGGUUUAAUGAGGUCCUGGAGAAGGCCGAAAUCGUGCGGUUAAAACUAAUCGAGGCACAGAAGCAGCUACCCGAGGAACAUCCUAGCCAUCCCAGCAACCACCCGCCCGAGGCAAAUUCCAUUAGUGGCUCGGGGGCCGAAGGCGUAUUCCUCUCUGCCGGCAUAAGCGCCGAGAAGCUGAUGUACGACCGAGCCGUCGAGAUGAGCCGCACGGCCGCUAUCAACGAGAUUGCAAGCGAAGAUCUUCCUGGGUGUGAGAUCUCGUACAUCACGGCCAUCCGCAUGCUAGAGGCCGUGCUGGAUAAUGACGAUGACCACCUGCCCAAACUCCGCGGCUCGACAUCGUCUAGGGAUGAAAAAACCGUCGCCACUCGCGACGAAGCCUCGGGCGAGAUGAGUGGCGACGACAAGCAGACUGUUCAAAAGAUGAUUCAGAUGGUCAGCCAGAGGCUUGCAUCCCUCCGGAAGAGGAUGCAUGCGAUUGCCAUGGCAUCAAGAAGCCAGCAGCAGCAACAACAGAUCAUGGCGCGGCGCCGCAGCGGCGAUAUGACGCCCCGGUGA